UGUGUGGAGUACACUGUUCCAUAGAGAGAAGCAACUAAAGAACAACGCAACCAAGGAAGGGUUGUUCUUCCUGUGCUCUAAGGUCCAGACAAUUGUACCUAGCAGAUGUUGUCUGCUGUAGAAGAAUGAAAAAACUGAGGUGGGCAACUGUGUUUUAUUUUUGUUUCCUUUCCCCUCAUGCCGGAAGUGACUUAACCGUUAAAGGUAAAAGGGUGACCAACGGUAUGAUGAAACCUCCUAAAUAACACUGAAAUACCCACCCGACAUUUUAACAGUUAUUCGUCCGUGGAGUAGAGGCUGCCAUGUAUAUGAUGAGACACGUGCAGUAGUUGACUAGGAGCGUAUAUAUGCAAUGUUCGACCAGGCUUCCAAUUCUACUCCGGUGAAAAAGCUAUGAAGGUGGUGGACAUUGAAGAAAGACUAACAAAUGGCGUCAGAAUUGCAGGCGAUUAAGGACCCUGAGGAUCACAAUGUUCUGAACUUCAAAGAAGACCAUUAUGUAAGCAGCGUUGUAAAUUGCCAUUCAAUGUAUAUGAUCUACGAAAUGUACUAUAAAUAACCUAUGCCGUGAAGGAGAGAAAUAGACAUUUUGUUCAAAAUCUUCUUAGUAUGCUGGAGAUCAGGAAGUUGUAGCAUUUUGUGUAUCAAGUAAUUGUUGCACUUUUUGUACAUGGAAUACAGAAUACCAAGAUUCCAUUCCUAUAUUCCAGAUUGGAUAUCCAUUUCCUUAGAAACGGUUCUUCUCGGAGCUGGACACGUCAGCCAUGAUUUCUUCCGCCUGAAAUAUCCUUGUCAUUUGAUUACCUCGUGGCGGGUAAUGGCGAACGGAGUUCUUAACCAACAACCCAACUCCAAGUGAACGGUAGAGUAUAAACGUUGUCCUGUAUUCAAAUGACAGACGUGUUGUUUGGUGUCGUUAAUGUUUUGUUUAUAUUUUGAACUUGUUCCUGUUUUGCAGCGUUUACUGAACGAUUGCGAGGUUUAGAAGCACUUAUAGUAUACCAAUAUGGACGCAGAAGUUUCAGCAAAUGAGCAAGCACCUCACCAACGGCAGACAAACAGCUGGCAGUAUUAUGCGGACAAUUUUAACCGUUUAUGUCGACUCUGUUUGUCGCAAGAUGGGUUGGUAGCCAUCUACUAUAAUGUGCAAGGAAGGAAUGUGUACUUUAUACGAAAUUUUGUGAAACUGGCGCUUGAUUUGUUGCAGAUAAAGAUAAAUAAACACGAUGCGCUGCCAGCCUUUUUGUGCGUAAAGUGUGAGAGAAAUCUUAAAAUUAUUACAAAUUUUAAACGAAAAUGUGACGAAUCAAUGAAGAUGUUGAGCCACAUUCGUGAUACCACAAGUAAACGAGAUCGCUGUGAACCUGUUCAUGAUGCACUUCACAAAAAGAAACGGAGAAGAAAAGAACCUACCAAACGACUCAAACAAAAUUGUGCAGCCAUACUAAAGAAGCUACCACAGGAAAUUCACGUCGAAAAAAAGGCUGUGAUUCCUACUCAAAAACCUGCCAAAGAUAACACGAAAGAUGUUGCAAUUGUUCCAUUGCCGUAUGAGAAGGAGAAUGAAACGAUAGCUGCAAUCAAUGAAGCUAUAGAGCAACGAAAUCGUGUUUGUUUGAAAACAACAUCGCAAGAUCAACUACCAGUUGGAAUAUCAAAUGAAGAUCACGCAGCAGAUCAACUGAGCAACGAUGAGGAAAUAGAAUUCAUUAAUACAGACGACUGUUUCGAUGGACAAGAAGAAAACGAGGGCAUCACAGAGCCCACAAACAAUACACACCAAAAUUAUCCAACCGCCGAGCAUGCUUCCAAUACUCCAAAACCCAAGCAGCAGAAGAAAACACCUCACAAGGAGAAAAUUGUCUGUUCCGUUUGUGGAACAAAGGUGAACAAUAUCAAAUCCCACAUGGUCAUCCAUUCGGUGCGAACGCACAAAUGUGACCAAUGUCCAAAGAGUUUCACCACUCGUAACAAACUGCAGUCGCACGUGAAUGGUGUGCAUCUCCGCAAGCGUGACUUUAAAUGCGACAUCUGCGGCAAAGCUUUCCUGGAGAAAAACAAUUUAAAAGGACACAUGCGCAUACACAAUGGCGACCGGAAGUAUGCAUGCAGCUUAUGUUCGAAGACCUUCUUGUUUGCGGGCACUUUACGCUGCCACGUGCUAACCCACACACAAGAAAAGCAGCACGAAUGUGAGGUCUGUGGAAAGCUGUUCCUGUUGCGUACGACACUUAACAAACAUAUGCGCGUACAUUCUGGCGAAAGGCCACACAGUUGCACCGUGUGUGAUAAACGAUUCCGGACCUCGACACAUAAGGUGGUACAUAUGCGUACGCAUACAGGUGAGAAACCGCUGAGCUGUCGCAUCUGUGGAAUGUGCUUUGCGCAUCAUAAGGGUCGCAGUGUUCACAUGAAAGCAAAACAUCCCCAGGAGCUUGUUGAGUUGGGGUUGAUCGAUGAGAAAGGUCAUUUGAAAUUUUAGGAUACUAGCUGGCAAUAUGGAUUCCACCAAGGGAUGGAUCUUGCUGUUUUGUAGAGCAUUAGCUCGAUUGUAGCUCUGUUCUACUGUAACCUGUCGCCUUUUUUCUCCAUCUUGUUGCAUUCUAAAGCAUCCAAGUACAUAGUGCUCUGAAGCACUGCUGCUUCUAUUGUGGCAUUACAACCUCAAGAGGGCGCCAUUUAAUGCCUGAUUGCCAGCGACGCUCAAGUAGUUCAGUGGCUUAGAACUCUUCUGCUGCUUCGAUUUGUCAUUAUGCCAAUUAUUAUUUCCCCAGAUAGGACUCGGCAGAAUUUAAGCUGAAUAGAAGAAUUACUAUUCGAAGAGAUUUUGAACCCAAACCCAAUCGCAAACCAACAGAAUUUGGUAGGAUAUGAAAUGAAACAGGAAAAUGUACAUAAACGUAAAUGUUAAGGAUAAAC